GGAGGGUGGCAAUGUCUGUGAGUAGGGGACCCCAGGAGCUGAGAUCACCCUCGGUGUGUCCCGCAGAGCCACCUGUGCUGUACCCCAACCUGUCCGAGCUGGAGAACUACAUGGGGCUCGCGCUCUCCAGCGAGGAGAUCCAGAAGAACCUGCACCCAGAGGACAACACUGCCCUGACCCCCGUGGGCCCCACCCCGGGCCAGCUGGUCGCCCCCCUGACCGGGAACAGCGCGGGGCUGCGGCGGGCAGAGAUCAAGCCGGGCGUGCGGGAGAUCCACCUGUGCAAGGACGAGCGGGGCAAGACGGGGCUGCAGCUGAAGAACGUCGACCAGGGCAUCUUCGUGCAGCUGGUGAAGGCCAACUCGCCAGCGGCGCUGGUGGGGCUGCGCUUCGGGGACCAGGUGCUGCAGAUCGACGGCAAGAACUGCGCGGGCUGGAGCAGCGACAAGGCACAGCGGGCACUGAAGAAGGCGAACCCCGAAAAAAUCGUCAUGGUGGUGCGGGACAGGCCUUUCCAGCGCACUGUCACCGUGCACAAGGACAGCACCGGCCACAUCGGCAUCGUGGUGAAGAAGGGGAAGAUCGUGUCGCUGGCCAAGGACAGCUCAGCUGCCCGCAAUGGGCUCCUCACCCACCACUGCAUCUGUGAGGUGAACGGCCAGAACGUCAUCGGCAUGAAGGAUAAACAGCUCACGGAGGUGCUGGCAGGGGCUGGGAAUGCGGUGACGCUGACCAUCAUCCCCACUGUGAUCUACGAGCACAUGGUCAAACGGCUCUCAUCAGGGCUGGUGAAGUCAUCCAUGGACCACUCCAUCCCUGACCUGUGAUGCCAUCACUGCCUUCCUGGGGAGCUGACACUGGAAGCUGGGAGGAGCUGCUGAGGGGACCCUACAACAUCUGAAAAGAAGCUUUUUUAGUGUGAAUCUCCUCAUCGCUCCAGAGGCUGGUGGCUGCUGGGUGGUUCUUCCUCUCCUCAGAAGGGGUGGGGCAGGUGUCCUGUCCCAGGGUCCCCAUGUCCCCCUGUCCCUGCUCAGGCCAGCCCCCCUCAGGGUGGACGCCAAGGGCUGGCUCCAGCCAAAGCAGACACAGACCCAGCGACGUUUAUUACAUCCACCACAGAGAGUGAGUACAGGACAGGGGAAACAAGAAAAGGGGGGUUUACAGCUUUUUCAGUUCUGUAUUUAAAAAAUAUAUUAUAUAGAUUUGUCUUUCAAAUAUAAUCGUUACAUUUAUUUCUUGGCAAAGCUUUGGAUAGUCUAACAGACGUGUACACAGAUCCACAAAUACAUUGCACGAGAGGCGAAUAUCCCAGCUCCGCUUACAUCUGCCCCGGCUGCCUGGACACUGCUGCUCCCCAGAUCUUUUCCCCGGCACCUGGUGCUGGGCUGGUGGAAGAGCUGCUGCCCCCCACUGCCCCCCAGCACAGGCAGAGCCGGCGGAUGGGGGAUGCAGGGAAGCGUGGGGCACGCGGAUGUAGGCUCGUGCCCCUGCGCAGGGACGCUGGGGUGCCGGUUCUGUAUGUGGAGCAUUCACCAGCUCCCAGGGCACCCGGCCAGUGCACCCCAUGGGUGGGGGAGUGGGCUUGGGUUGGGGUGGGGGGAAACACUGUUAGUUCAAGUCACGAAGAAACCACAGACAUUCGUGGGGUGGGAGCGCGGCGCGCCCAGGGGGAGCCUGAAGUCCCGCGCCCCAACAGCCCCGCUGAGCAAUCCUCGCUGUCUUUGCGUCUCGACAACAAAAAAAAAAGGCAUUUUUCUGGAGGCCACCAGCAAAGCGGGGAUUUGGGUGGGCCAGGGGGGCAAAGGGCUUGGCUCUGCCUGCACGGCACUGCCCGCACCCCGGCAAAGGCAUCCGAGCUCCAGCACAUGGUGGGAUAACCGGCAUCACUGCUGCCGAAACUGCGAGAGGCCCCCGACCCGCUGUCUGGUGGCCAGAGUCCCAACACCCGGGCUUCAGUCUGUACCCAAAAAAAAGUGAAUAUAGUGCAAAGCAAAGGGAGGGAGAGCCCACGGCUUCCUCGGGGCACUCCAUGUGUGAGCAGCAGCACAGUUCCAUCCUGGUGUGGGGAGGCAUCUCCCAGGGAAGGGGC